AUGGCGGCUAAGUACGGCCUAAUGCUACAUCAGAUGGACGUCAAGACAGCGUUUCUUAACGGCUCCCUCAACGAAGACAUCUACAUGGACCAGCCGGACGGAUACCUGGAUGCAACACAGCCGGACUAUGUGUGCAAGCUAAAGAGAUCACUCUACGGCUUGAAGCAAUCGCCUCGCAUGUGGAACCAAACAAUCGAUGGGUUCAUGAUCAAGAUGGGAUUCAAGAAGUGCGAAUCGGACCACUGCAUCUACAUCAAGCGAGACGACCAAGACAUGAUUCUCGUGGUGCUCUACGUCGAUGAUCUCAUCCUGGCCAGCAGCAACAACGAACUCCUCAAGUCGACCAAGAUGGCGCUGAGCAAACGCUUCGAAAUGACGGAUCUCGGUGAGCUCGAUUACUUUCUCGGCAUGGAGAUCAAGAACGACCGUAAGACGGGAAUGGUGACUGUACAACAAACCAAGUUUCUCAAGUCCGUGUUAACCAAGUUCGGAAUGGAUAACAGCAAGCCAGUGAAGACGCCUCAAGAUCCCGGCCUGAAGCUAACCAAGAACAUGUGUGAACAAGAAUGCAAGCACGAAGACACCAUGUGCAACGUGCCAUAUCGAAGUGCUGUCGGAGGCAUCAUGUAUCUCAUGGUCGCCACACGUCCGGAUCUAGCUGCUGCAGUGGGAUCAUUAUCCCAGUUCUCGUCCGACCCAUGCCCGACUCACUGGCAAGCUUUGAAGCGUGUGCUGAGAUACCUGCAAGCAACGCCCAAUCAUGGUCUUGAGUUUACACGUGAAGAAGGAAGCCGUAUCUGCGGGUACACCGACGCAGACUGGGCCGGCGACAUUGAGUCAAGACGAAGUACAAGCGGCUAUGUGUUCAUGAUGAGCGGAGGAUGCAUCAGCUGGAAAAGCCAGAAACAACGGACGGUCGCGCUAUCUUCAACAGAAGCAGAAUACAUGGCGCUUUCCGAAGCAACCAAAGAAGCAGUAUGGCUCAAGGUGCUUUUGGGGGAACUUGGUGAGAUGACAAGCGACGAAGCGAUCAAGAUGUAUGAAGACAACCAAGGAUCAAUCGCUCUCGCCAAGAACCCGGAGUUCCAUAAGAGAACAAAACACAUCGACAUACGCUACCAUUUUGUGCGUGAGAAGGUGGAAUCAGGUGAAGUCGUUUUGGAGUAUUGCCCGACUCAAGAUAUGCUGGCAGACAUGAUGACCAAGCCGAUCGCCGCUGUACAAUUUGAAAACAUUCGCGAUCGACUUGGGAUCCAUGGUGCCGCAGCUAACGAGUCGAGAGGGAGUGUUGAAAAGACAGCGGCUGUGAAGAAGACACCUCGUCAAGCUGCGUCAAGUGUUGAAGCAAGUGGAAGACCAAGCUUCGCUAUACCGGUGGGUACCGGUAUGUACCAGUAA